GCGGCGGCGGCGGCGAGAUGCGCAGCAUAAAAGCGGCGGCGAGGCGGCGCGACAGCGGGGCGGCUCCGGCGCGCGGCGGACGGGACAUCAGUGGGCAGGGAUUUCCGGCUGACAGUCGGCCACCAUGUGGAUAGCAUCUCCCCCUUCCGGAAUCUUCCAGUAUUCCAAGAAGCUCUUCCUGAGCGAGCAGGCAGGCCGUGCACAAGCCGUAGAGUUCCUGCGCAAGAAUGCGGCCAACUCGAUCUCCGUGGCCAACCUCGUGGUCGGCCUCUCCUCUGUCCUCUGCAGCCUUAAUGGGCAGUACCACUACGCAUGCUGGCUAGUCCUGACCGGAUUCCUGCUGGACCUUGCUGACGGAGCCGUCGCCAGGCAACUCAAUGCCUGCUCUGCGUUGGGGGCUAAGCUGGACGACUUCGCAGACUUCACCUCCUUCGGCCUGGCCACGGGCCUUCUUCUCCAGGCCCACGGGAUCCUCGAUGGCCUGCUGGUGAUCGUCUACGUGCUGGCGGUGUUCACACGCCUGUGUUUCUUCUCCAGCGGGAUGCCCUUUAUGUACCGGGGGCUGCCGUGCCCGUAUGGUGCCUCAGUGGUAGCAGCCACCUACUUCCUGACCGGAGGCCAUCUCGUGGCCAUGCGCCUGGUUGCCAUAGUGAUGGUUCUCUUCAUGGUGGACCAGGGCUUCUACCCCCAUGACAAGGUGCUGGAGUCCCAGCAUUGGAAGAAGGUUGUCUUUGCAGGAGGCGUCCUGGUGCUCUUACUCCGUACCUGGUUCCCGGCCUCCCUCUACUUCCUGGUUUGGUCCACGUCAUACAUGUUCUUCCCCAACGCUUUGUGGAGUUGCAAAGCCUAACCUCAUCGGCGGACGUGCGUGGACAAUGCCAGCACCGCAUCUUGCCAAGGCAGCCUCCGGGGACUGGGAAGGUGGACUGAUCCAGUGUUCAAAAAAUCCAUUGUUUUGCCUAAGCAGUACUAAAGUUUUUCGUCCCCCCGAAUUGGUCGCUUCUGCGGAAUUCCUCCAUUGCUUCUGGCAGUCUUUUCCCUUCUGGGCUGCCCGUCGCCUGAAGAACGAAGCCCGCAGCUGGCUAACAUGCUGAGCCUCCCGUCAGUGUAGAUAUGUACAGGUUGUUUAUACUGAGAUAUAUAUAAUGUGCAAUAUAGUUUUGAGAGAAAUUUUUGCUUAGGUUUUGUAUUUGUUUUUAAGCCAGUAAUUUACUUGCUGAUAGUUUUUAGGGACGGGGGGAAAAUCUGAGUACAGAUCUCUUCUCUCGCCACCUUCCAUUCUUGUGGCGCCCUCGCUCUGGAUUAAUCGGAGAGCCCUUCCUUCUUUAACCGAUUUUGCCACAGACGGGCUAGCUGAAUUUGCAAUGAGCUGAGACAGAAGGAAGUCCCAAACCUGGCCCUUAGAGGAGGAGGCGGCGGCGGAACGUAUCACUCACCAUUCACAUGCAGGACUGCCCCUCAAUAUUCAGGCCUGCACAGGUAGAAUCAGAGCAAAGUCCAGUUCUUCAUGGGCGCGAUUUUAAGCGACCUUUGAGCCACGAUGUGGUUGAAACAGAGAGCCAAGCGCUUCUUGGCUCUUUGAGAGACUCCACCUCUUGUGCAGCAUCUACUUUGGGGGGCAGCCUUUCCACAGAGGAGAGAGGGAGGCCAGGCCAAGGCAGGACAUCUGAAAAACCACCCUUCUGUGUGCCAUCCAGAAUCUGAGCUGAGGAACUGCUGCUGGAGAGUGUUUCAGAAAUGUUUCCUCCAAAUCGAGUCCAGGUCUGGCGCAAAGAAGGGUCUCCGAAAGCAGAAGAAAGGCUGCCAAGCAAGCAGGCCGGCAGCUGGCGCCCCUCCAGGUGAUGCUGAACCACAACUUCCAGCGUCCUCUGCCAGUGGCCUUGGGGCUAAUGGGAGCUGUAAACUUCUGCCAACAUCUGCAAGCUGCCUAGCUUUGCCAGAGGAAUCAUCUGCACAUCUACUGGGAGGUUUGGGAGUUAAAAUUUGCUGACUUUCACUCCAACCUCAAUUCUAGUCAGAAUCGUGGCAGAAAUCCUAGAUUUGUGUUGUGAAAAGCGGAGUCCCAAAUGCUGAUGCCAAUUAGCGUUUAUUUUUUUAUAUUUAUCAGGGUAAUGAAGUACAGUUGGAAAACUGUCCUUUUCCUUCCCAAGAGCUGUUUGAUAAGGAGGAGCAGGAAAAAAAGAGGCAAGACGAUGACUCUCUGUGUUACUGGAAAGCUAUACUUGAAACUAAUGUUCUUGUGUUUGGGGGAAAAACUAAAACUUGGAAAACGCUGAA